AUGCGAGAAAAGAAAAUCUUUAGUGCGGGUGACAUAUUUGACGAUGAAUUUCUAAACAGUGUACAACCAGCAGAUUAUCUGUAUGUUGGCUCAUUUAUACAUCUGUUCGAUGCACAGACUCAGCGAGAAGUUUGUCAGCGACUUACUCGCUUGGCUAAACGAGCUAUUGCUGGUCGACAAGCUGGUGCCUCAUUACCGACAGAAUGUAUUCGAUCAACAGCAUUUCCAAGCAGAAAAGCGAUGCGACACUCUCCAGAAAGUUUUACGCAAAUGUGGGAUGAAGUAACUAAUCACCAAUGGCAAGUCGAAAGUGUUAAUUUACAGACAACGGACAACAUGCAAGAUAUUCGUCGACGGCUUACUUUCGUAAUCAGAAAACGAGGAGAAAAUUAA